AGUGAGAACAUGAGUGAUCCAGAACCCUGCAGAAUGAAACACACUGAAGAUACUGAAGAACAAAGAGACCUGAUGGAAGUGAAGGAGGAGAGUGAAGAACUGAGUGAAUUGGAGAAGGAACAUCAUGUCAAACCUGGAAAAAAACAUUUGAGUCGCUCAAAGACAAAAAAGACAUUUAUAAAGAAAAGAAGAGCCGAGAAAUCUACAACCUGCACUCAGUGUGGAAAGAGUUUCAUAUACAAAAGUCAUCUUGAUCGUCACAUGAAAGUUCACACUGGAGAGAAACCAUUCACAUGUGAUCAGUGUGGAAAGAGUUUCAGUCAUUCAUCACUCCUUAAGAGUCACAUGAGGAUCCACACUGGAGAGAAGCCGUUCACAUGUGAUCAGUGUGGCAAAACAUUUCUCAGGGCAUCAGACCUAAAGAGACACCUGAGAGUUCAUACGAAGGAGAAGCCACAUUCAUGUUCUGUGUGUGGAAAGAGAUUUUCACAGCUGUGUAGUUUACAUAAACAUGAGAAAAUACACACUGGUGUGAGAGAGUACAUGUGCUUUGAGUGUGAGAAGACUUUUAUUACAGCAAACUGUUUAAAACUGCACCAGAGAAUUCACACUGGAGAAAAAACUUACAAGUGUUCACACUGUGACAAGAGAUUUAGUCGGUCAUCAUAUCUGAAUACACACGAGAGGAUCCACACUGGAGAAAAACCUUACAAGUGUUCACACUGUGACAAGAGAUUCAGUCAGUCAACAUCUCUGAAUACACACGAGAGGAUCCACACUGGAGAAAAACCUCACAAGGAGUAA